AUGGCUGAUCUAUAUCUCACUGUAGAUGAUUUAUACUUCUCGGCUCUCCAUGACAAUGAAGAAAUCUUCCCUAUUUCUGAUGAGAAAUAUGCAGAAGAAUUGCAACUUCAAGAGGCAUUGAUAUCUAGCUCUGUGUCUCUAUCUUCACCAAAUCAAAACGCAUCAACAGUCUCAUGUUCAUCAUCAUCAGCAGCAUCAGCAUCAUCAUCUACGCAGCCGUUGACGUCACCGAGUAAAUCGCUGUAUAGUUUCUGUGGCAUUUGCAUGGACACAAAGACGGCAUCUGAGAUGUUUGAAAACACCAGCAGCGUCUGUGGUCAUGUGUAUUGCUCAGACUGCAUCCGUGGACACGUAGCAGCAAAAAUCAAGGAGAACGUAACCGCGGUUAAGUGUCCUGACCUGAAUUGCGCAGGGGUUAUAGGACCUGAAGCAUGUAGAUCCAUUGUUCCAAAGGAAGUGUUGGAAAGAUGGGAGAACAUUCUGUGUGAGUCUGUAAUUAUGGAGUCUGAUAAGUUCUACUGCCCGUUUAAAGAUUGUUCUGCGAUGCUGGUGGACGAUGGUGGGGUCACUGUGACUCAAUCAGAAUGUCCGAACUGCAACCGGCUGUUUUGUGCGCAGUGUAAGGUUCCAUGGCAUUGUGGGAUGGGUUGCAUUGAGUAUCAGAGCUUCAAGAAGGGUGAAAGAAGUCCAGAUGAUAUUCUGCUUUUGGAUCUUGCAAAAAACAAAAAAUGGAUGAAGUGCUCGAAAUGCAACUAUUUUGUGGAAAAAACUGAAGGCUGUCAGCACAUUUCUUGCAGGUAUUGA